AUGCCAGGGAGAUCUACGUUGACGAACGUAACAGUUAUCCCAAAAUCAGGACGAGUGGCUUCUCAAGAAAGCAUUUUGCUAAAAUUUGAGUGUCAGGCAUCCAUACCCUUUGAAGAAAAAGGUUUUUUCGCGCGACAACAGACACCUGACCUAAUCACUACUUCCAGCUUUAUUAAAGUUGCCUAUGGAAGACUAGAUCCGCAGUUACUUGAUUUUGGCAUGGUGUGCCUGAAUACUUCAUCUUCCAAAAUGUUGAAGGUCGAGAAUUAUCAAAAUAGACGGGCUUUAGUUAAGAUACGUUCAGAUGAUAGUCAAGUGGAAAUAAAAGGUGAAACAAGUCGCGAGAUUCCACCCCGUGGAAGUCACGACUUUGAGGUGUCUCUGUCACCAAAGUCUCCAGGAGUAAUUCAUGGAACCCCGAUCCACUUGGAAGGAGUGACGACACAGGUGACUGUUCUGCUACGUAUUCCGCCUCCAAUACUGAUUUCUACUUCAAAGAGAAUUAAACUGGGUGAGGUGCCCUAUGGCUUAGAAAUUAUGCGUACUUUCGAAUUACGGAAUGUUGGUAGUGGACCGGCUUUCGUGGAAUUCCACACAUCCUCCGUAGUUGAUGAAGUUAACCUUGAAGCUUCUCCAAGUCAAGUUGAAAUCAGAAGUCAGGAAAGCGUUACCUUUAAGGUGACCUGCCUCAGUCGGAAAACUGGCCUCUUCGAAAUUCCCAUCUCUAUACGUCACGCUAAUAAGGAAAUGAUGAAGAUAACCGCACAGGGAAUCUGCGUAUUCCCCAAAAUAGAGGUUCACCCAUCCCACUUGAGACUAACUUAUGUAUGUGGUGGCACUAAAGCCCUGGGAACGCCAACGGGAGAAACCGCAAAAGAUUCGUUUGCGGUGAAAAAUGUUUCAUCGGUUCCCGCUCGCAUAGAUUUUGCGCUUGAUGAUUACAGAGACUUUAGCGUUGAAGAUGAAAGUCCAGGGCUGCUGAAACCGUUCAUGUCGAAAAAUUACAAGCUCAUCUUCAAACCCGAAAAGGUUUCAAAUGUUGGCUUCAUGCUCCCACUUCUUGUCAACGGAGAACGCAUCAGACCUGUCACUUGUCGGGUAACAGCAACCAGCAUCUGUGCUUUGGCCAAUGUAUUGCCAAGAGUUAUUUACGUCCAAUAUCCACCCUUUAUCUCAAAACUACCGGGGGUCAUUCAAAAGGCAUUUCAAAUUGAAAGUUGUACAAAUCAAGAAGUAAGGUGGCGGAUUGACAAGAAAAACAUACCCCCCAACAUAUUAAUCAAAUGCGAUGACGACACCUUAUGCGGAACUUUAAGAGCUGAUAAAUCACCGGUCAACUUUCGUAUCACUUUAACACCAGCGUUCCAGCUGAAUUCUGGCUCACAGGACCUAUCCGGACAACGGUUGAUGGCAUAUCAAGAGGAAUUGAGCUCGAACACUAGUCGUGUAGUAGAGCGAUGGCUCUGUCGUUAUGGUUUUCCUGGAGGUGUGCGUAAACUAAAUUUCCCCAUCGAUUUUCAACGUUGUUUAUCUCUCCACCACAUCCGACUGCAAGAACAACAUCAAAAGAACGAUCAGGUGAUUCACAAUCUAGACAUCCUGAUUGAAUGUUUGACUCAUAUGACGGGCCUCUGGAGUCUGCAUGGAGUACCAAGAUCCCUGACUCUACCUAUCAGUGACACCGCUACUUGUAUUGGAGCACUUUACAAUCAUCACGCAGCUUUGAUUUGCUUUGCUGAAAGUCAAGGAGGUUUUGUGGGUCACAUCGCACCGGAGCACCUGAUGACUUAUAUCGAUUAUCUCGAUUGGAUACGCAAUGGACGUCCAUGCGGGUGUGAUGACCUUUUCAAUGUGGAUAUUCCAGACAGGCCAGCACUAGACGGUGUUGCAACUACUCCAACGGUUAUACUUAGCAAUCCCGAUGGAAAAGAGUGUUUACCCUACCCCAGGCCGCCGAUUCUUGACAAAGAGGUCUUCGAAAGAGCUUCGCAAAUAGCUUGGACGGAUCUCUUUCUUCAGCUACUGAAGACCUUGGAGGUUGGUGAAGGAACUGAGGCUAAAUUACUAAAGUGGAUUAAUGAAUAUGCGACACUUGGAUGGACCCAUUUAUGUGAGGCAAACACUCAGCCUAAUAUAUCUUCGUCAAUUUACCUCCCUUGCCCCAAAGUGAGGAAUUUUCACAAAGAUCUUGCAAAUGGUUUGGCAUUAGCUGCUGUCAUCGCAAGUCAGGCUCCAUUUGUGAAUGUGGAAGUGCUAUCCAAGAUUAAUUUGGAUCCAAAAAGUCCUCAGCUCCAAUUUCAUAAUGCUAUUCAAGUAGUCAAAGCGCUGGAGUUCAUGCGAUUGGAUGUUGACCUCACUCCCGAUGACAUAGUCAAUCCAAACGUCAUACAUAUGACACUGGUUCUGACUAGACUCUAUCGUCUUCUCCCGGAGUACGAGAUCAAGUCCACGAUAUCUUUCGCAGGCAACUUACGAACACGUGUUCUAAAAGAUCUGAAAUUGACUAAUCCGACUAAUCAAACAUUGCGAUACCAAUGCUCUUUCGUUGGCAAGAAAGCCAACUACUUUAGAUUCAAGGGGAGGAUAAAUGACAUCCAAGUGACUGAGCUAGAGUUAGAACCAAACCGAACAUCCAUUUUGACCCUGACUUUCACAGUUUCUUCUCUCCAGCAGUCUGAAGCACAUCUUCUUUUGGUGGCACAAAGAGCUUAUAUUCCACGGGGUGCAACAAUGGUGUUUCGACUCAUUGGUGAGGCAACUGGGAUGAAAUCAGAAGAAGUAUAUGACUUCAAGACAACCUGCUACCAGGCCAUGGUUGGAGCAAUCCCAAUAAGGAGUCCUUUUAACGCAACAGGUCAUUUCAAACUUCGGCUUAUGGAAUCACCUCCAACUUGCCUGGACAUGCCUCAGGGUUGUCUUCGUGGUUUCACGUGUCGGUUAUCAGAGAUAGUCUUGCAUUCACAGAGGGCGACAAAUGUGGAGGUCGCUUUUCAUCCCUUCAGUGUUGGCAAAUAUAAAGGACAACUAGUGUUUUCAAGCGAUGAUUUAGGGGACUUUACUGUCGAAUUGAGGGGCAAUUCCGAAGUCCCCAUGACGAUCUCUCCCGUUAAUGAAGGUAUGCCUUAUAUGAGAGGAUCUCAACGCCACUAUUUCAACCUUCUGACGAAUCCUGCAAUUCUAAAAUCGACACGCUGCAUUUCUGGACUAGAUGAGGUCUUCAAAUUUUGCUGUCCAGUUGGUACGGAGCAUCAUGUGAUUGUGCAGCUUCCGUCAGAGAAUUUGGCGAGAUAUUCAGCUAUGCAGUGGGUAGUUGGGUACUGCCUUCCACCAUAUGAAGUGGAGAGAAUUAAAAUUUCAGGAAGUUUUUGUGGUGCGGUGUCAAAACUGCUGCGUUUCAAGGACCUCGAUCCCUCAGGCGCGAAAAUGACUUGUUUUCAAAUUAAAUGUGAUUCCCCAAUCGUGAAGUUUCCGCAAAGUCUUGACGUGGAUCUUGAACAAAUCGAGAGAUCUUCUCGAUAUGUAGACCUUCCCCUUUGCAUUUUCUGUCCCAAAACGGGGAACUAUCAUAUCAACGUCGUCCUUAGUGGUGAAGACGAUCUUCGUCGUUUUAUGAUUGAAUGCAUCGCUUCCGAAGACACCACUAUUGAUAACUCUGCACUUGUCCUUAAUGCUGAGAGAGCUGUGGAUGAGGAACGAUUUACCGCUGAUCCAACUGUAUUCGUAACGGAAGAUUUUGAAAAACUACAGCGUCUCUCCGACCAGGAGGGUCUUGGAGUCUGCCUCUAUGCUGGAAGAGUCGAGAUCAAAUGCCAAGUUGGUGACUGCACUCACAAAACUAGUCAAUUCGGCAAACAUGACCUUCUCAUUUUUCUGCCUAAAAACAAAUUUUCGAGAGCGCAGUCAUUCCUGACUGAAAGUGAUUUUCCAACAGAUAUUUUUGCAUCCGAUACUCGGGUAAUCUCAAAACCUAACUAUCGAGGGCGUUGCCGCAUUACCAUACCAUUAAAGCGUCGGGCCUACAUUUUUGGAAGACUUUUGUUCAAGGAAGACUUGGUGGACAGUAGGCUGAUAAAAAAAUAUUGUUGGGACCUUAGACAAGCGAAGGAACUACAAAUGCGUCUCCUCUACGAGGUGGACAUUUGCAUAAAACCAGCACCCCCCAUCCAACGACUCGAAGUUAUUUGUCACUGCCUCGAAGUCAACAAAAUUGUUAUUCCUCUAAAUUUCUCCACUCAAUUGCCUGGUGUUGGUCAGCAUCUACAAGUGAAUUUGGAAGGCUCCAAUCUCACAGGUCCAAAUUUCACUGAAGACGCUUCAAUUUACACUGCUGAAUAUCGGCCAACUUGCCGAGGAAAAGCGAAAGCCAGCAUCAUUUUCUACGACUCAAACUUGGGUGAAUUUUGGGUUGAUCUGACACUGGUGACAGAGUCUCCCUUGCCACAACUUGCUUCUCCUUGGCGGUGCGAAUUGGGCAGGAAGUAUUUAGGCGUAGUGGAAAUUGGGAAUCCUUCGAGGAAGUCCUACAAUCUUGCCAUUGAGGUUGCCAAUGAUGAGGUGUACGUAAUUGAGUCCUACUCGCUGCAGGAAGGGGGCGAAGUGAUUCCUCUCCAUGGGACCAACGUACCUCUUCCGGCUUCAAGUAACCUCUACUUGAACGUCACUUUUCAACCUCAGGAGUAUGGACGGUAUCUGAAUGAUGGCGAAAUUACACUCAAAAGUGAUGAGUUGGGUGAGCUUCGCAUUCAAUUGCGCGGUGAAGGAUGUCUGCCGACACGGGGUAGUGAAGUCGCUGUUACUUCCGAAGUUGGAAAAACUCAGCUCUUCAAUGUUCCUUUCGCAAAUCCCUUUCCUUACCCCAUUGUCAUACACUGUGCCCUUGAGGCGGUUGAUUCAGUCUUCGACGGGGAAAAAGGAAAGGCGUUCGAUGCCUUUGACAUCAGAGGCGAGCGGUGCGCAAGUCUCCUAGGAAAGCAAAAGAUGGAAUUCCACUUGGCAUUUUUGCCAUCUUCAAUGCACCUCUACAAAGCUCGAUUCAAAAUCAACGCCAGGAAGGCAAAUCCACAAGACGGUGGACGAUGGGAAUCGGAGGAGGCGGUAGCUUGGGUGAAACUGCUGAGGGGCACCCCAACUCUUCGUGGAAAGUUAGAGCUAUCACUCAACGAUCUUCGACAUGAACUUCUGAAUCCUCGUGAACAACCAAAAUCGAAUCAACCUUCUCUCCUCAAGGAGAAAGCUGGAACUUCAACAUCAAUCAAACUGCACUUCAAUCUAGCUGGCUUUGUUCAAAGUCCAGAUGAAGACCUGCUCUUCAACUGGAAGUUUUUAGUUGAUUCCUGUCAUGGUGAUGCUCUCGUGGAUGCAGAUGCAGUGAUAAAGAAAGCCAUUAUCUUGGAUCAAACAAAUUGUGGCUUUAUAAAUCCCUCCGAUAAUGUUCCUCAUCUUGAGCUUGCUGGAGCUUUCAGACCAACCAGAUCCUUUAAAGCUCCUGCAAAGUUUAAAGCUCUCUUUGCCAAAUCUGGUGCCGGUUUAUUUUCCAUCAACAAGACGUCUGGACUGCUCCCCGCGAAGGGUUCAGGAUUCUUCAAUUUAGUUGUGAAAUGUACUCGAAAAAGCUAUGGCAAGAAAACUGAUGAACGCCUUAUCAUUCAGGUAGAUACAUUUAUUGUUAAUAUUUGCCUCGAAGGCAAAAUUGAGCUGCGUCUUAGCGCACAAAACUUGUCCUCACAGAUGGAGGUGUUUGUGUACAUAUAUGUGGGUCAUAUCAACUCCACUCAUCAUCGUCAGUUGUGGAGAAAGUGGAUAGACGACGGGGUGCUGACCCUAGGUACUGAGAAGAUCAAUCCCACUAUCAUAGUGUCUGGUAAUGAUGGUAGUGGACCUUACAAUCAACUUGUCCGCGUUCCGUUUGAUCACGCUGGUUCACCUACUGCUGUUACAAACUUGAUUAGCAAUUUCUACGAAGUAUCCAAGAACAGACUGACAAUACGCGACGGAUUCUGUGGCGAAUAUCGCGUGUAUGGCGUCAGUGCCACGGUUAAUCAAACGUUUGAUGUCUACAUCAAGAACUGUAGCUGCAAGUUUCACGAGGAAGAGCAUGUGGGGAAGAUGGUGAGCAUUCAAGACUACUGUGACCUUUUUACCAGAGUCGAAUUUACCCUUAUGUUCGCUGAUGUUAAUGGUACAACGCGCUGUUCCGUGGAGAGUCGCCAAGACUUAACAUUCAGUGUGUUGGGCCCACAAAUGACAAGAAAGCCUUUCACCCGAGUGCAGGAUAUCAAAUGUUUCAUACUCGGUAGGAGGCUAACUCUUCAAUCUAAUGGUUUCAUCGACGUUUCCGCAGCUGCCUUUGGAAAGCAUUUAGUGAAGUGUCAACUCUAUGACUGCAAAUGGGAGUUUACGUUGGAUAACAUUCGACCGGGGCAAAAUGAUCUCAAGGGACCCACUAAGAAGACGAACUUACGGCCAUGGCUUGGAUUCAAAGCUAUUCGUAUUAUCAUUAUAGUGAAUUUUGUUUCAACGGUGACACUCGGAAACGAUUUGAUUGCACCUGGAAUAAGUUACAAAGUGGAGGAACUGCUCAAGAACUUCCAGGAGGUUUUGCACCUUAGAAAAGAAAACGAGAACCACCACUAUCACCGCAAAACCUAA